CUGUGGCGAGAGCAACUGUUUGCUACUGCUCCUACAAAUCGUAGAUGAAAUUCGCUUCUAACGCCUUAUGCAACAGUCAUUUACCUACUUAUGAUGUCCACUUUGCCAAACUUUUCAACCUUGUACGAUAGUACUUUAAACUUUGGUGAUACUUAUCUGACACAAAAUGAACUGCACCUCACAAAUAACCCAAGUUUGCUUGAAGAUCUUGAACAAACUGUUGUGAAUCAAAUCGUAGACGACCAAUGGCAAGAGCUUUAUCCCUGCCACCGGUGGCAAAGCCUACACGAUUCACUGGAAAGCUUCCGUAACCGCGGAAUAGAAAACUGGACCAGCGAUGAUUGUUUCGAAUGGGCUCUGGCGGUGUGCAGAGCUGAGAAUCUACCGUACGAGAACUGUAAAAACUUCCACGUUUUCCGAUGCGUAACCGGAAAACAACUUCUUAGCUGGAAUCUCGGCGACUUCUCAGCCAACGUUGACUCCGAAUACGGCCCAGUGUUUUAUAAUAAAAUAAGAGAAGAGGGGCAGUCCAUGCUUGCAUCUGGUCUUCAGUACACUACCCUAAAAAACAUGGUAGAACCUAUUGAAUCGACACACAAUGAGGGUUCCUUGUUCUCUCACAAUGUAUCAUCAGUGCCAUCCAACAACGAAGAAUUUCAAGAUUAUAGAUGCAACGAUUACUUUUCAACUCUCAAGAACAUUGAAACACUUGAUUCAUCUUACUACAGCUGCAGCGAUGAUAUUGACACGAUGUUACAAAAUUAUGAAUCGGCUAUGACAUAUCCAUUCGAUGAAGAGUCCCAAAAAUAUAGAUCAGAAAAUUUUCUUGACACCUCCUUCGAAAACAGUCUGGACAACUCGUCGAGCGAUUUUGCUGAAGAAUUUUAUCAACGUUCAAGCUCGUCUUCACCUUAUGGUUAUGACACUAAUCCAAAUUCCCCGCCUGGACUCAUGAGCAACGUCCUUGAGCCUCGCAUUGAGAAGCUUAACCUUGAUGAAAUAUGGCAACCUGCAUCCGACGUCGCUGAGAUCGCGCAGGAAUCUUGGCCAAUGAAAGUCGAGCAAGUAGAACUGAAGGACGACAUCAUCAACUCCUCUCAUUGGUUCCAAAAAAUACCAUCGGGAGGCCUUCGCAAGAGCAGAUACCGAAAUCCAAAAAUAUGGGAAUUCAUAAUUCGCUUGCUGCAAGACCCUAGAACAAACCCACAGUUCGUGCGCUGGGAAGACGAGGCUCGAGGAACUUUCCGACUAAUGCAGAAAGAAAAGAUCAGCGCCGCGUGGGGUCGACGCAAAGGUUCUGACGGACAUAGCCUUCCUUAUGAGAGUGUUGCUCGAUUAUUGAGGCACUACUACAAGAAAAAUAUUCUGCUGCAAGUUCGCGAGAAGCAGAUGGUCUACCAAUUUGGACCCGAGAUCAUGAAACAAAUCAGCCAAGGAUACAAAUGGUAACUAAUAUUCAAUAACCAAGAAUUGUGUAUCGGUGCCAGUUGAGAUAAAUUUGCCUUUCCCAGUAGGUAGGUAAUAGAUUCAAAUUGCAGUUAUGUAUAAAAUUUUACUAGGUACCGUAUAUACUCGUUAUUCAGCACGAUGAAGCUCAUCAGUAAUCUAGCGUUCUUUAUGAUCCUCCAUGUACUUUUAAAAUUAGGAUCUCGUAUUGUUACCCGAUUUCGUAUCGUGACUUAAAAUGUGAAAUUACUCAUUCAUUCUGCCUACUGUUUGAUGUAGAAUGCAAUACAUGUGAUUAGUUUUAGGCAUUUAGAUUGUGAUUUUUAGCAACUCUCAAGGCAAUGCUCAUUCGUAAACGUACAAAUAAUGAAAUUAGUUGUUGUUGAUUAGUAGAAGAUAUAGAGAAUAAUUAAUUGAUUCAUUAAUUAUAUAUUCGUCUCCCUUGAAGUCGUCCGUAAAUUAGAACGCUCGCAAUAUCAAGCGAAAUCAUAGAUUUAAUAGAAUAGAAGUGUGGGAACUGAAGAA